AUGCCAGCACAUAUACACUCAAUUCCCAGUUCAACUCAAUCCACAGGUGUUACGGGUGCAUCGCAAUCCUUCAACAAUCUUCAGCUAUCAUUGCCAGUGAACUACAUCAUCUGUACAUCCGGAUACUUUCCAUCACCUGAUUCUACUGUACAAUACCCCUUCCUUGGACAAAUUGUUGCUCUUAUUGGAAACUCAAUCCCGAACGGGUGGACACUUGCCAAUGGAAACUUACUUUCCAUUGCACAGAAUACCGCACUAUUUGCUGUAAUUGGCACUACUUAUGGAGGUGAUGGUCGAUCCAAUUUUGCUCUACCAGAUUUACGAGGUCGUGUUGGCGUCGGUGUAGCUACAGGAUCUAGCCUACAGCUCGGUGGUAAGAGCGGAACAGAAUCUAUUACUUUGCUCAGUACCAAUUUACCCUCACAUCAACACAGUCUGCUUAGUAAUACAUAUGGUAAUAAUCAGACUAGUAGUACAGGUGAUGGACAGCCAUUCGAAAACGCACAACCGUCUUUGGGCAUUAAUUAUAUGAUAUCACUGUCAGGAGUAUAUCCUUCUCGGGAUGGUGGUACAAUAGACUCUCAAACACCCGUAUUGGGAGAGAUCGUUGGAUUUGCCGGCAACUAUGUACCACAGGGUUGGUCUAGAGCUGAUGGUAGUCUACUGUCGAUUUCAUCCAAUAUAGCUUUAUUUUCUUUGCUCCAGACAUAUUAUGGAGGCGACGGUAAAAGCAGUUUCGCUCUACCUGACCUACGUGAUCGGGUGACUGUUGGCUCUGGAGAAGGCUUCACUGUGGGUGCAGUAGUCGGCUCGUCUGAGAUCACACUUGCAACAGAUCAAUUGCCAGCUCAUGCGCAUAGUCUUCCCAAUUGA